AAAAACCAUUUCUUUUAAAAGAAGCUAGUUUUUCAAAAAUAUAAAUAUUUAGAGGCUAGUUUUCAGAAUAAUCCUAACAUUCAAAGAAAGUUAUAAUUAAACGGUAAAACCAAAUAAUUUUGGCAAUUAGUCCUUGUCGUUCAUAAGUACAUUAACGAUAACAAAAUCCAAUCAAUUCUGCAGACUCCGCCGCUCCGCAAUGUCCUCCGGUAGUCAUUACCGUCCAUUUCAAACUGCCAUUAUUCUUCCCGCCGGCGUCUCAACGUCACCGUUAACACCGCCUGAACUUCUCCCCGACUUUCAGAUCCUUUCCAUCAAUGCUGAUUUGGCCGUCGACCCACUUUGGUCGUUCUCGUCUGGUCCAUUCCUUUUCCUUCAACGUCCUUAAAGCCGCGGCCGCAGUGAAUUCCAUUCCCCGGGGUACCCAAUUACACAGCCACUUCAUAAAGUUGGGAUUGGCUAAUGAAUUGUCUGUACAGAACAAGCUAUUGAAGAUUUAUGUUAAGUGCAGAAAUUUGGAAAGUGCACGGAACCUGUUUGAUGAAAUGCCUAGGAGAAAUGUUGUGUCGUGGAAUACGGUAAUUUGUGGGCUUGUCAAUUGCGGGUAUGGUGGUGAGUUUAAGGUGAGGCAGCACUCGAUUUUUUCAUAUUUUAAGAAGAUGUUGAUGGGUUUGGUGGACCCAGAUGGUGUAACGUUUAAUGGGUUGUUUCGAUCUUGUGUUGUGUUGAAUGAUGUUGAAAGUGGCAGGCAAUUGCAUGGUUUUGUGAUGAAAAUUGGGUUUGAUUUGGAUUGUUUUGUGGGGAGUGCUGUGGUUGCUUUUUAUGCGAAAUGUGGGUUAUAUGAAGAUGCGAGAUUAGCUUUUAGCUGCAUUCUCUAUAGGGAUCUGGUUUUGUGGAAUGUGAUGUUGUACUGUUAUGUAUUUAAUUGUUUGGGCCGAGAAGCGAUUGAAGUAUUUUGUUUGAUGCAGUUGGAAGGCUUUAAAGGUGAUGAUUUUACAUUCAGCAGCUUGCUUAGUUCGUGCAAGUAUAAAGGAUCAGGUGAAUUGGGUAAGCAGCUCCAUGGUCUUCUUAUAAAACAAUCAUUUGAUUUAGAUAUUCUUGUGGCAAGUUCACUUGUCAAUGUGUAUGCUAAAAACGAUAAUUUAUAUGAUGCUCGCAAGGUUUUUGAUGAAAUGCCAUCUAGAAAUUCUGUGUCUUGGACCACUAUGAUUGUGGGGCAUGGGCAGCAAGAAGAUGGAAAAGAGGCAGUGAAACUGUUCAGGAGAAUGUUUGGAGAAGAUUAUUACCCGGAUGAGUUAACUUUUGCUAGUGUGCUGAGUUCGUGUGGCCUUACGUCUGGGGCUUGUGAACUGAAGCAGGUUCAUUCCUGCUUGAUAAAACUUGGUUUUGAAGCAUUUUCGUCUAUAAAUAAUGGUUUGAUAAAUGCAUAUUCGAAGUGUGGUAUCAUUUCAGCAGCGUUACAAUGCUUUAGAUUAAUUGCAGAACCAGAUUUGGUAACGUGGACAUCAACUAUAUGUGGACUUGCACUUUGUGGCCUUGAGAAAAAUGCUAUUGAGUUGUUUGAUAAGAUGUUAUCUUAUGCCAUUAGACCAGAUAAAAUUGCAUUUCUUGGAGUUCUCUCUGCCUGUAGUCAUGGGGGAUUUGUAAGCAUGGGGCUUCACUACUUCAACUUAAUGACGAACCAGUACCAAAUUGUUCCUGAUUCAGAGCAUUUAACAUGCUUGAUCGACCUUCUUGGGAGAGCAGGUAGUCUAGACGAGGCUUUUGAUCUUCUAAAAUCAAUGCCAGCUGGACCAGAUGCUUUCAGGGCUUUCAUUCGAGCAUGUAGAACUCAUGGAAACUUGAGAUUAGCAAAAUGGGCAAUGGAAUUUGCAUCAGAGCCAAACGAACAAGUGAAUUAUUCUCUAGUGUCGAAUAUGUAUGCUUCCGAAGGAAGAUGGUCGGAUGUGGCAAGAAUGCGCAAACUGAUGAAGGAUAGUUGUGAUCGGAAAGCCCCAGGCUUUAGUUGGGUAGAAAUUGCUGGUUAUAACCAUUUGUUUGUAUCUGGUGAUAGAUCUCAUCCAGAGUCUUUAGAUCUCUAUGCAAUGUUAGGAUUAUUACUCAACACGAUGAAAAUGGAUAACAAGUCCACAGCCCUCUGAGGUAGAUAUUGUGCCCGAAUGAAUGCCAAAUCUUGGUUGAUCUCAGGUCGUUUCUGCUGGACGUAAAUCAAAAUCCAUUUUGAGGUCCAGGACUUGACCCAUCACAUGUGACUUCAAUACCUGCAUCUAAUCAGCCAUACGCAUACAAAUUUCCGACACUGAAACAAAAUAUGACAGUAGGAAUCAAAAUAAAAUAAGUUGAAACUUGAUAUUUCUCUGUUUAUAGCAUUGUAGGUCACCCUACUGUCGAAAAGCAGCAAAGUCGUCCAAACUGCUUUCCCAUUAUUGUGAAGGAAUGAAGCCUUCCAAAAUGGUCGUAGUUCACGCUUGAGAGAGCAAAGGAAGCAGGAGUUCAUUUUGUUAGACCAGACGUAUAUGGUCGUAGGCUAUAGUUCGAAUAUCCAUUCAUGUUGAACUUAAUUUGUUGAUCUCGACUUCAAACAGAG